GCUCGGGUUCCCUGAGGGCAACGGCAACGGCGACGCGGGUGGCUUAAGGAGACGAGGCGCGACAAAAAUCUAGCGCGCGUCGUCGCGGUGGCAUUGCGCCUCUGCCUUACGUACGUUCGCUCGUACGUAGGGGGCUGGAACCGAUAGCCCUGUCGGCGCGCGCGCGUCGCGAGCCUGACGCGCAUGGCCGAGGUCUACUGCGAGGAGGCCAAGUCGACGCCAGCGCCGGCGUCGUCGGUGGCCGCCACCACGCUCGCCAGGAGCCGCGCUAGGGUUGAAAUGGCCGUGGCCGGGGGAUUCCGCCCCAAGCCGGCUGCGGAUGAGGGUGGCAGUGGCGCGCGCGGCGGCAAGCGGCUGAGGGUUGCGUGCGCGACGCCAGGCCGCCCGUGUCCAAGGCGCGGAGCGUGGUCCGGGUCGAGGUGGUGGCCGAGGUACGGCGUCACCUCCGUGUGCGGCCUCCGGCGCGAGAUGGAGGAUGCUGUGUCCAUCAGGCCGGACUUCCUGCGCAGCUCCUCCGGCAAGCACCAUUUCUUCGGCGUCUUUGACGGCCACGGUUGCUCCCAUGUGGCCAGGAUGUGCCAGGACAGGAUGCAGGAGCUGGUCGCGGACGAGUUCAGGAAGGCGCGCUCCGGCAAAGGAGCCACGGCUGCGGCGGAGCCAGCGUGGAAGGAGGCGAUGGAAAAAGGGUUCGCGCGGAUGGACGAUGAGGCAUCGAGCUGGGCCGCGAGCCGCGGUGGUGAUGACCCCGUCUGCCGCUGCGAGUUGCAGUCGCCGGCCCGGUGCGACCUUGUGGGCUCAACCGCCGUUGUCGCGGUCGUCGGCCCCACCCACGUAGUCAUCGCCAACGCCGGCGACUCCCGCGCUGUCCUCUCCCGCGCCGGCGUCCCCGUCCCCCUGUCUGUCGAUCACAAGCCUGACCGGCCCGACGAGUUAGAGCGCAUUCGUGAGGCGGGUGGCCGCGUCAUCUACUGGGAAGGCGCCAGGGUGCUCGGCGUCCUUGCCAUGUCUCGAGCCAUCGGGGACGGCUACCUGAAGCCGUUCGUGACGGCGGAGCCGGAGGUGACGGUGACGGAGCGCUCCGACGACGACGAGUGCCUGAUCCUGGCGAGCGACGGGCUGUGGGACGUAGUGACCAACGAGAUGGCGUGCGAGGUCGUCAGGGCGUGCUUCCGGAGCAACGGCCCGCCGUCGCCGGGCUCGAGGCCGAACGGCGUGCUCCCGUCCGCCGCCGCGGUGAAGGGGGUGGACAAGGCCGAGUCCAACAGGGCGUGCUCCGACGCGGCCCUGCUGCUCGCGAAGCUCGCACUCGCGCGCCGGAGCUCGGACAACGUCAGCGUCGUCGUCGUCGACCUCCGGCGUGGGUUCUGAUUCUUGGGGCAACAUUAGAUGCCUCGUACGCCAUUGUUUCCACCUCCUCUUCUUUUGCUUAUUGCUACUACGACAUGGUGGAUUAAUAAAUAAUAGCCUAAUUCUCUGAU